AUGGCUGUCAUGGGAUCCUCCACUACCCGCUGCCCCGUCGCCUACGGCCGCUCUGGCUACAACAAGGACGGCGACGAUGAGGAGAAAGACAAGAACCUCAUCAACUUUGGUCGUUCCGGCUACAACAAGGACGGUGAUGACGACGAGGAGAACAAGUUCCGCAACUUUGGCCGCUCUGGCUACAACAAGGGCGAUGAUGGCGAUGAUGAGGAACAGAAGUAA